UCAUCUGUCCCGCUGUGGGAUCUCUUCCAUUCCCACUCAGCUGCCAGGCUGCGGCGCACUGAGAGUCCUGCCAGGCCCACGCAGCUGCCGCGCCUCAGAGUGGCAGCUUUCAACCUGCCUGCCAAAAUAAACUCACCUCACCUAUUUAUGCCCCCUGCCUCCUGCGCAGCUCCUCUGGACGCCUUGACGCGCGUGGGAUGGUCACCGGUGGGGACUCUGCGAUGAGUCCUGCUCCACCCUCACCUGUCUAAUCCCACAGUCUGACAGAAAGUGGGGGGACACUUCCACGCUUCUUCGGCCACGCCGCGGGGAAUGCAGCUCCCCACGCUGGUGACGUGCCUGGCCGGGUGCGCCUUCCUCCUGUGGCCGCUCAGCGAGGGCUGCGGGCCGGGGAAGGGCCACGGCAGGAGGCGGGCCCCGCGGAAGCUGGUGCCGCUCAUCCUGAAGCAGUUCAGCCCCAACGUGGCCGAGCAGACCCUGGGUGCCAGCGGGAAGUUUGAGGGGAAAAUCACGCGGAACUCUGAGCGCUUCAAGGAGCUCAUCCCCAACUACAACCCGGACAUCAUCUUCAAGGAUGAGGAGAACACAGGUGCAGACCGCAUGAUGACCCAGCGCUGCAAAGACAAGCUGAACUCCCUGGCUAUCUCGGUGAUGAACCACUGGCCCGGGGUCCGCCUGCGGGUCACAGAGGGCUGGGACGAAGAUGGCCACCACUCCACCAACUCCCUGCACUACGAGGGCCGGGCGGUGGACAUUACCACCUCGGACCGGGACAGGGAGAAGUACGCCAUGCUAGCGCGGCUGGCGGUGGAGGCGGGGUUCGACUGGGUCCACUACGAGUCCAGGGCCCACAUCCACUGCAGCGUCAAGUCAGACCACUCGGUGGCGGCCAAGUCCGGCGGCUGUUUCCCCGGCAACGCCUCGGUGAUGUUGGAGAGCGGUGCUCUGAAGUCCAUCGGCGACGUGCGUCCCGGCGAGCGGCUCCUGGCCGCCGCAGGCAGCGACGGGGAUUUGAUCUUCAGUGAAGUCCUGACCUUCUUGGACCGGGACCCGACCCCCCUCAGACUCUUCAUCGCCCUGCAGACGGAAGCCGGGGCCCAGAUCUCCCUCACCGCCGCCCACCUCAUCUUCGUGUCCGAGAACUGCUCAGAGGGGACGGCUCCGGCCCCCGGCGUCCUGAGGACGGAGUACGCCAGCGCCGUCCAGCCGGGACAGUGUGUCCUGGUGUCGGACGGGGGACCGGGGCGUCUGUCCCGGAUCAGUGGGGUCAGCGUGAGGGUGAGCAGGGGGGCGUUCGCCCCUCUGACCCGGCAUGGGACCAUCGUGGUGGACGGGGUGAUGGCGUCCUGUUACGCUGUAGUGGACCAACACUGGCUGGCCCACCGGGCCUUCGCCCCCCUCAGGCUGAUCCACAGCUGGACUGGAAGCACUGGGGGCCACAGCGACGGGAUGCACUGGUACUCACGGGUUUUACACUGGCUGGGCCGGACGCUGCUGGGGCCAGGGCGCCUUCACCCGCUGGGCGUGGCUCAGGAACACACGUGAGGGCAGAAAAACAACACAACUUUGAACCCCAUUUGGGACCAUCAUGGACUUCCUGCUGAGCUGGCAGAAAACCAGUAACAGACUGGAAACCAGGAGAAAGGUUCUGGAUUCAGAGACGUUAAAAGAAAAACACCAGGAAACUAAAAUCCCUUCAAAAUAACUUGUUUUUAUCCUCGUUACGAACAAAGUUUCCUCCAGUUUUAAAGGAAAAGUCCGAUCAGAACAAAAUAAUCAAUGAAUCAUUAUUUAUACCUAAAAUUAAUACGUUUGCGAAAAUAAAAAUAAUUUCAUGGCGAUCACUGAGUCUGGGAGCGGCCAUCU